GCCUUACAUAACUGCAGUGUUGCCCGUAGACCUUGUAUCAUACCGGCAAACUACAGUGUCAAAUUUAUUUUGAUACGGUAUCGGCUCUUAAGGUAUAAGUCAACCGGAGGAAUCUCGGCUUCACUCUGUCGCGUGGAGAGGAACCCCAGCUCACGAGACGAGAUCAUCAUUCAUCUAUCAAGGUCGAACCCCCCCCCGACGGGCAUAAAGCUUAAACCCACCCCGAACACCAGCCCUCUCUCUCUUUAACUCAACACUCAAGCACACCCCACGCUCCGACACACCCAUCUUCCAUUCACCUCAUAUUCCCCACCGGCACAAUCGCUAAUCACCUCCCCUCGCCAACAAUCAUCGGCUCACCUGCGUUUUAUCCUUGUCGCCCUUUGUUUCCCUCUCAUCGUCCGCCCAAGUGCGAGGAAACCGGGGCAUGAUUGUCCAGCUCCCCCGCUCCGUGCGAUAUCCGGUAACUAUCACCGCGUUUCUCAAGCAGCCGAACGAUGACAUUCCCAGACUUGAAGCCGUUCUUCUCUACACAUACAUGACCACUGUGACCGAAUACCCGGAGUUUGGUCAGGAGCGGCAGGUAGAGAAAAAGUUGUCCGCACAGUUCCAUGCCCCCGUGGAGGGCAGAUUGAACCGUUGGCUGGUGGAGGUCGGGGCUGUUAUCGAGGGUCCCGGGUAGGUUUCCGCGCAUCUGUCCCCGCAAUUAUCUUGGGGUCGGUUUGGAUCAGGAGGAGGAUCGCUAAUUCGGGGAUCUGCAGUGUCGACAUUAUGGAGAUUGAGGAACCCUGUUCCCACGAGGUGCAGUUCGCUGGGCUGUGCAGUAUGUGCGGGCAAGACAUGACUCUGUAAGCGAUAUCCCCCCAUCAGAUGUUUCCGCUAUUUGUGCUAAUGGUAAUACAUUUGCAGACUAGACCAUGGCCACUUUUCUAACAAGGAUCGCGCGACAAUACAUAUGGUUCACGAUAGUAUGGGGCUGACAGUUAGUCAAGAUGUGCGUCAUUUCCCGUCCCAACGUGUGGCUGCAGGACUCUGGAAAAGUGUUUACAGAGUUUGUUUCUAACAUGGCGCUUGCGACGUUAAUAGGAGGCUACCCGGCUGGAAGAGGAGACGAAAAGGCGACUUCUAAAGUCGAAAAAGCUAUCGCUCGUUGUCGAUCUCGAUCAGACUAUUAUCCAUGCUACGGUCGACCCUACGGUUGGCGAUUGGAAGAAUGACCCGUUCUGCAUCAAUCACGAAUCUGUCAAGGAUGUUCAGUCCUUCAAGCUGGACGAGGAUAUAAUUGGUGGCCGAGGCACCUGGUACUAUGUCAAGAUGCGCCCAGGUCUAAAGGAAUUCCUGGAACACAUAUCCCAACUUUACGAACUCCAUAUAUACACAAUGGGGACCCGGGCGUAUGCGAUGUCGGUCAAGAAGAUAGUUGAUCCAGAUGGUAGAAUCUUCGGCGAGCGGGUAUUAAGCAGAGAUGAGAGCGGGAGCAUGACUCAAAAGAGCCUUCAUAGAAUAUUCCCGGUUGAUACGAAGAUGGUCGUUAUCAUCGAUGACCGAGGUGAUGUUUGGAAGUGGAGUGAUAACCUGGUCAAAGUACGGCCGUACGAUUUCUUCGUCGGGAUUGGAGACAUCAACUCGAGCUUUUUGCCGAAACGUCAAGAAUUCCUCCCCUCAGCGCCCGUUGCAAACGCUCCAGUUAACCCAACGGUUUCUCCCGCCGAUAUGGCGAUGCCGAUAGACCAGAAGGUAGAGAAGGGUGAUGAUGGCAAUGACGACGAUGGCGAUGGCGAUGUUGAUGAUGAUGAUGAUGCGGAAAGAGUUCUCGCGACCCAAAAUGCAAUCGGAGCCAGCAGUAGUGCAACCCAUCUUGCGGCACUAGACCAGCUUGUCACCGCUGGGGAAGGUGUUUCUGCUGAAAAUCUCCUCAACGCCCAGAGUAAAGAACUCGACAAGGCCCUUAGCGCUCAAAAGACCGAUCGCCCACUGGCCAGAAAGCAAGAGGAACAAGACAAGAAGGACGAGAGGGCCGCUAACGAGUGCGUGAACGGUGAAAAUGGAAUAGAGUCAACGACACCAAGCGAAGCAGGCAGGGCUAAGCAUAGCGUUCUACACGACCAAGAUGUUGAAUUGAUCUCCCUCGAACGUCACUUGACGGAAGUGCAUCGAAGUUUCUACGAGUUAUACGAAAAGAACAUGAGUGUUGUAUCCACCAGGGUUUCCGAGCUCAAGGACCCGAAGAAACAGGUCCGCAAGAGACGCCUUAGUGAUACUAAUCUACGGGCUGUUCCCGAUGUCAAAGUUAUCAUGCCCUUAAUGAAGAUGCAAGCCUUGGGAGAUGUCAUUCUAGUCUUUUCUGGAAUUAUCCCACUAGGAGUGGACGUUCAGAGGUAAGUCAAUCAGCACUCCCGUCACGCAAAAACCUUCUAAUCAAGCUUAUUGUUUCCACAGUUCUGAUAUCGCGCACUGGUGUAGAAGCUUUGGCGCAGUUGUUGCGGGUGACGUACAUUCUAAAGUGACGCAUCUAAUUGCUGCGAGGGUAUAUGAUCCAAUAAGACGGCCAAUCGAUCUUCCAGAGACUAACUAUUAUCAGAGUCGGACCGCAAAAGUUAGACGCGCAGCCUCAAAAUACCCCCAUAUCAAGAUUGUAACGCCACAAUGGCUUUACGAUUCAAUCUCAAACUGGAAAAAGGAGCCGGAGAAGCCAUAUCUCCUCCCAAUUCACCCUGAAGAUCGUCAUCCAAGACCGCUCAACGGUGCCGAUGACCACCGCUUAGAUGGUCCGAUACUAUCCUCCGAGGACGACGACUCGGAAGACGACGACGAGAUGCAGAGCGUUCACACAGAGGAAUUCUCAACUGCCGAGAUGCCGGAUAUGACAGGCGUAGGUUGGAUGGACGUGGAUGAGGAACUCAAAGAAUGGCUGGGCUCCGAUGAUGAAGACACUGAAGCCGAAGACGGUAACGCACCUGAUGAUAAAAACACAGACACCGCCCCCAAGAAAGUUGGCAAGCGCUCAAGAAGUUCCACCCCAGACGAAGAAACCGGUGAGCAUUCGCUCGAAGACUCAAUCCCGGGCUCUAGGCUAUCAAAACGCCAAAGGAUGGUUAGGAACCGUCCAGGCAGCGGGCUGAGGAUUGUCGAGGGCGUCGUUCCAUCUUCCUCCUAUGCACCCCCCUCCGGAACUGACACUCCAGGGUCCUCGUCCGGAACCCUUGACGGGUUUUCGGAAAAGGACUUAGAACAGGAGUUCGAUGAACUACAGGAGGUGGGAAGGGAGGAGGAAGAGGAGGACUACGACUCUGAUGGCUUUGCACAGGAGUUCGAUCGUGAGCUUGCGGAGAUGGAAGCUGACGAGAAUGGUGACGAUGAGGAAGGCAUUGUUGGGGAUGAAAGCACCAUUGCUCAAAACGAGCAUUCCCAACCCGAACCAACCCCUGAGCCACCGCAGCAUCUCAUCGACCUAAGAUCGCCUUUAACAGAUAGUUUUAGCAGCCUCGUCGGAGCCGGAGGACCUCUAGGCGAAGAGGGAGCAGGCAGCGCCAACUCAACUUCAUAAAAAUCCAAAACCUAUCAUAUCCACCUUUUCUCCUUUUCUCAGCUUUUUUGCCUGCCAAACAAACCUCUUCCCUCAAUGCCACGGGCAUCGCAUCUCAUUGAGUGUCUAUUCUCUAUUCUCUUUCAAAACUAUCAACGGAGUAAUUUGCAUACUGGGCAUUUCCUAUUUCUCUUGUUUUUCUUCCUCUUUCAAGUUGUGGCACGGUAGGACGGUAGCAGGCAUUAUGAAAGGGUAGAGAAAGAGUAGGCAAGGAUUCUUCGCUGUUUGUAUAACUAUAUCCUUUUUUCCCCAUCAGCGGGGGGUUCUUAAUUGGCUGCUAGAGUUUUUUUCCCACUGUUUCUUUUUCGCAGUGCUUACCUAAAAUAGGUGUAUUAUGGAUUGGGGAGGGAGGGCAGUGUGAGGGUGGAAAAAUGUACGUUAGAUGGCUAAUGACAGGAAAAAGCUAUGAGAAAACUAUGGGAGAUGGGCAGCGAGGAGUGUUUGUCUCUAGUCGUGAGUGAGAGGUUGUGAAUUUAGAUCGAAUGGAGUUCCGCUGUCAUGCCAUAGGGGGCAGAUGCUCGUCUCGUUACCUAUUUACGACUUACCCGGGCAUACGGCAGCUUAAGCAAGUCCUACCUCCUAUCGUAGAUAUUGUAAGAUAAGGCGCAAUAGCAUGUUCCCACCAGUGAAUCUCGCAAAUUCCGAUCCCGCGUCUCCUCACCCUCACAGCCAUAUGUGGAACCAAACCUACGAACGGUACCGAAUGUCGAUACCAGGUUGUACCAAAUUCCCAACGCACAGCCGCCAAAUCGACUAACCCGCACUUAGUAAACUAACCAUCCUCCGGGAAGCAGACAGAACCCACAGACCGGGAUAUAUUGUAUGCCACCAGAGAGCUCUCAGCAUCCUAUACCUGUGCUCCUGACACAACAUGAAAGCACUAACCUCCGAGAGAAUUAAACCCCACACCUUCCCAAUCCUGCACCGCGGUCAGCCGGGCACCCUCAGGGAGUGUAGUCAUGUCCUGUUGCCCCAGGGUUAAUCUAGUGAUUUGUCAUGUUUGAUAUCAGCAGCUUGGGGGCGAGUUCGCCAUGAUGAGUUUGGCAAGGAUUGGUUUUGUACAGUGGAUAAGAGUGUGCAUUGGUCUUGUCCUUCUCGUAUAGUGACUGUACCUUGCGCUUUUGCCCGUCCCCAGUGAGGGGUGGGCACGAUUAUGUGUGUCGUGGAGUGUAUGAUAUGAUAAAUGUGAUACAUUA